CAACACCAGAACUAUCAAAAUGGGACAUUGUGUCUCCUCUCAAAACUGCACCACUCUCAAUGUAUGACAUAGAACAGAAAUCACAGAGAGCUAAAACUAGAUUAUUUGACUCAGUAAAAGACAGACAGGAUAUCUUAGAAGCAACCAAAGAACAGCACUUAACAAGGACAAGGUUUGAUGUACGCAAGAGCAGAAUCACUGCGUCAAAGUGCAAGAGAUGUUUGAUCAGACCAACAACURGUCCAACAAAAGCCAUAUCGGAGGUUUUGAUGUACAAAGAUCGUGUUACAACAAAGGCCAUGAAAGAAGGCAUCGAGGCAGAAUCUAAGAUAAUUAAUGAAUUUGAGAAGGACACAGGACUCAAAGUUUCCAAAUCUGGAUUUGUCUUAUCGGAGUCUCAUCCAUUUCUGGGGGCUUCUCCAGACGGCAUAAUAGAUGAUCAAAAUAUUGUAGAAGUAAAGAAUGUUAAAGAUGAAGAAAGUCAUGAGGAUGCACUGUGCAGACUUGGCAUUUACAAGAGGAAUGGAACUGAGUUACAGAUUAACAAGAAUCACUUCGGCAAAAUUUACAAAGAAAUGUAUGGGCURCCGGCAUGA